UUUAAAUAGUGAACGUGCUGUCGCGCAAACGUACAAAUUAAUUUCGCUCUUUGUUCACGAUGAAUUUACUAGCUAUCCAGCGUGGCUGAAGGAUUAAAAUGGAUCCAUUGAAAAUCCACCGUCACACAGGUUGAUCUCGCAGAGGAAGAGGCGCGUGCGCGAAGAAUCGGAAAUGAAUGCAAUGCCGGUCGUCUGUCGUCGUAUGUUGCACAAGGCCGGCAUUUUGAGUUAUUAAACUUCUUGGAAUAGCGACAAUAGGACAAUGGGCUAGAUCAAUGUCAAGACAGCGACAUUUCGAAUGCACUUCGUACCAAAGUAUGCAGAAUAUUUGCUGCUUGGAUUUGCACAAUGGACGAUUUUGAUAUUUAUGCCGAUCUACCUGACUUUGCCUGGCUGAAACAAGAGUAUGAAGCGGAUGUUGAAGUCGAUAAACUAGAACGACCCUCAUCAGAAAAAGAUACGAUAGAAUUAAGAACAAAGCUUUUAAAACUUGAAAGAGUUCAUAAAUUAGUAUUAUCACAUUAUUCUUCUCUAUGGAAAACAGCCAAACAAGAAAGAAAGAGAAUGGAACGUCAGAUUGCAGAAUUAAGGAGCCAGUUAGAUAAUCUAACAUUUAAGAGAAAUCAUCGUCAAACAAAUGGUAGUAUUGUUCCUUUACUAAAGCUAUCUGUAAAUGCGCAUUCUACUACUGCGUUUCAAUCACCAAAUUUAUAUCAGUUUAAUCAUGCUCCACCUUCAAUGAGUUUAAUGUCUUCAGAACAGCAAGACAGUAAAAAUGUAUAUAACCUCCAACCACCUCCAAUACAUUCAAUUCUCACUACUAAUCAAGAAUGGAAAGAGAAAGAUAUAUCUGAUAAAUGUUUUAUAGAUAAUCUCUCCUCAAAUGUUAUUACUCCAGAAAAUUCCUAUAGUAGCGAUGAAUCUGAUGAUGACAUUGUUAAAAAAUCUGAAUAUAGAAAUACAAUCUAUGGAGAAAGAUUGCGUAAAAAAUUAUUAGAAGAGAAAAGAAAUGCAGCUAAACAAAAACAAGAAUCAUUUUUAAAUGGAAAGGAGGGUACUGAGAAGAAAUUAGAUAAUGAGAAAUUAAAAGAUUCACAGAAUAUACAUAUGAACAAGGAACUUAAUGUUUCAAAAAAUAAAGAGGCCACCAAUGUGAUGAAAGAAACAAAUAUAAAAGUAGCUAAAGAGGAAAUUAGAAAUUGGAAACUAAAUGAAAUUGAUGUACAAAAUGCAAUGGUAUCUCAUACACAAGAGCUGAAGAAUGAAAAAACCGAAGUCAAAAACAUGAUGAAAAAUAAUGAACAUGAUAUUAAAUAUAAAAAUGACAUUGCAAAAAAAAAGAAUGAAGAAGAUUUAAUGAGUAAGAAAGUUGACAUGGAUCAAGAAAGGACAGAUGGAGAUUUUAAAAGUAAAAAAGAAAAAGAUUUUUAUAUAAAAAAACAAGAUGAACCAAUAAAACUUGAAAAACAAAGAGAUCUAGAACUAACAAGAGAAGAUUUAUCAAGAAUUAGACGAGAAAAAGAUCUAGACAGAAGAAGAAAAGAAGAGGAAUAUAGAAAAGUAAAACGAGAAGACAAAUUUGAAAACAGAAAGAGAGAGAAUGAAAUUGAAAAGAGAAGUGAUCAAGAAAUUGAAAAAAAUAGAAAAGAAGAAACAGAUAGAAGGAGAGAGGAAGUUGAUAGAAGAAGAAAAGAUGAAGAAGUGGAAAGGAGAAAGAAAGAAGAAAUUGAUAAGAGGAGAAAAGAUGAAAUUGAAAAAAGGAGAAAAGAUGAAAUAUUUGAAAGGCAAAAGAAAGAAGAACUGUAUAGGAAAAUGAGAGAAGAAACUGAAAGAAGAAAAAGAGAAGAUAUGGAUAGGAAGAGGAAAGAGGAAGAGAUUGUACGGAAAAGAAAAGAUGAAAUUGAUAGGCGGAGAAGAGAAAUAGAAAUUGAAAGGAGGAGAAGAGAAGAAGAGACUGAGAGAAGAAGAAAAGAAGAAGAUACUGAGAAGAGAAGAAGAAAAGAAGAGGAUGAAAGUAGAGAAAAAGAGGAUGAACAUCAUGCAAAAAAACUAAAAGAAAUUGAAAAAACUCGGAAUGAAAAACAGUUGGAAGAAUUAAUUAAAGAAAGAAAAAGAAUAGAAGAAGAAAUGUUAAAGAUGACAGACGAGGAAACUGAAGAGGGUGAAAUAACGGAGUCUUUCAAUAAUAUACCAGACGAGAAACCGAGCGUGAGCAACAAACUGCACGGCCACAAAGAAAAAUUGAAAGACUUCUCUAGUGAUAACUCCAAACAGUUUCAAAAAAAUCAAUCUGACAAAAGGAAUAAUAAUAGCUACAGUGGACGCUUUAUCAAUAGCUCUCGUAUAACAUCUCAAACGAUCAACGACAACCACAGGAUACGUUAUCACGAGUAUGUUAGUUCCAAAUCUAACCGGCAUCAAAUUGAUCAUAUUAGUUACGAUAAGCAUAAACGCAAUGAUUUACGUAGUCGACUCGAUCAACUUGGCCAUGAGCGUGAACGUCGAAAAAGUUCAUAUCGUAAUAAGUCUCAAAAUCGUAGUAGAAGCAAUAGCAGUCGCCACAGUGAUGAAAAUAGAGUCAAUUGUUCUCCUAAACGAAUUAAACUUCAAGAAAAAAUUAGGGAUCGUCAUGACAAACUGAAAGAUGUAGAACCAAACAAAAAUUCUAAAAUUAUAAGAAAAAGUCCUAAACGCAGAAAGGAACGACAAUCUGACGAGAGAUCUGACGAGCCUCAACACAGUAAAAAGAGAAGGAAAAUGUCGCCAGAUAAAGAUCUCAGUCGUAAUAUUAAAUCGAAUAAAAUUGUUUUAAAAACAAAUUUUCAAGCAAGGAACAUACUGGAUGAUGCAAAAAAUAUUAUUAAUAGUACUUCAUUGAACGAAAGUACAUCGAUACCUGUUACAGACAAUUUAAGAAACGUUGAAGAUAAUGUGAAAGAAGAAAAGGAGAAAUCAACAGAAUUAUUAGGUAAUAAUCAAAAUAAAAUUUUGAAUGAAUUAACUAAUCCUGAAAAAGAUCAAAUAAAGGAUUCAAAUGAAAACCAAGUAAAAUAUACAAGCCCUCAUGCUGAUAAAAACGAUAGUCAUCAUGUAAAUAAAAUAAAAACUUUGAUUAAUGAACUUUUUGAAGUUGAAGAGAAUUCUGUAAAUACUUUAGCUAUCUCGAAACAAGUAAACAGGUUUGAAGAGACAUUAAGUAGAACAAUUUUGUCUGAUUUGGAAGAUGGUGAAUUAACGGACUCUGAUGUGUCUAUGAAUUCAUUUAAUGUACCGAAUACAGCACAAAAUCAACCUACAGAUAAGCCCAUAGAUACAAUCAAUUUCUUGGAGAAAAAUAAUUUUGAAAACGGCAAUAAUGAAAGUAAACUGGCAACACCUUUCCAAAAAAACAAUGAAGAGUUAGCUCCGAAGAGUAAUAGUGAAAUAAAAGAUAGUACUUUAUACAGUAUACUUUCCCAAAGUGAGGAGAACAUCAUAUAUAGAGAAAAUACGAACAUUGAAUUACAUGAAAAAAUUAGUAAAAAUGAAGUAGUUGUUCUAAAAGACAAUAAACCAGAAAUUUUCAAAGAAAUUGCAAAUAAGAUUAAUAAUACAUCAUCACAGAUCAUCAAAGAAAAAGAAAUCUCUAUCUAUAAAACAAGUUCUAUUAAAUGUAAAGUUAAUAAAAGUAAUGAAACUAUUGAUGUUAACGUUGCAAAGCAAAAUGUAUUAUCAGAAGUCAACGAAAACAGAACUGUUUCUGAACCAUGUGAUAAGAUAAAUACCAUAAUAGAAAAAGAAAAUCAAAGCAGUGAUAUGAAGACUAAUAGCACAGAAGUUGAAAAAACUGAAGCAAAAAAUUCAACAAAAUCUAUUUCAAUUCCAACUACUUCAAAUAUUUUAUUAGAACAAGCACCCCAGAAUUGCCUAAAAAUAAAUAAUUCAGAAAAUAAAAUAGACAUCGAAAAUAGAUUACAUAUGGAAAGAACUGAGCUUCAUAAUGGAACAAAUACUAUAAUAAAGAAUGGAUGUUUAAAAGAAAAUGUUGAAGUAAGGAAUAAUUUGAUUAAGAAUCAUACUGGACAGCCUGUAGUUGAUGAAAGGUUACACGAACAAUUAUCUAAAUCUGUUGUAAAAUCAGAAAGUUCGUUUGAAGAUAGUACAGCUGCGAAAAGUGUAAAUAUAUUGCAAACUAAAUUUUCUUUGACACCAGUGAAAAAGGUAAUUGUAAUUCGACGUAGAAGAAGGCCAGUGAAAUUAUCAGACAGUCCUCCAGUUGUGGUGAUUAAUAAUGUAAAAUAACUGUACUAAUUCAGUUAAUUGUUAGAGAUAUAUAUAAACUUGUUAUCAGAAUUAGCAUUCUGCUUAUAUGUUAUGACAAAUAAUUAAUUUUUUUAUUUGUAAAUUUGUAAAUUAUUGUGAAUAAAUGCAAAUAUUUAUAUGCUUAUAUAAUUUUAAGUGUAUUAUAUAUGUAUAAAAAAAUUA